AUGCUGCGUUUCCCAGGCCGCGCCAAGUUCCGAUCGCUAGCAUCCAAUGAACCGCUCGGCGAUGACGAUAGGGAUGAUUCGCCUUACGAGAACCCAUUUGAAGAUCCGAUCUCAUCUACACAAUCCAAAACCGGUACAACUGCUACUUCCAUUAACGAGUACUCGAAACUCGAGCCACAGACACUGAAACCGUAUAAUCGCCGAUGGUUAGCAAUUGCUGGGUGUCUUACUGCGAUCAUUCCAUUUUUCGGCCUUGCGUGGGCUGCAGUUGGCUUACAUGGUCGGGGCAUCAGUCAAAAUUCCUGGAAUGGGCUACAAAUUGCGAUGAAAGUUGAAGUUACCUUAUUCCCCCUCGUAUAUGCAGCUAUUGUCGGACGAAUGUGCCGACAACUAGCUCACUGGGAACUCCAAAAAGGCGCAUCUGUAUCGAAAAUCCAACGAUUUAUGGGUAGCACUACCGUGUUUGGAACUGUCUAUACAUCAUGGACCCUACGGUCUCUCAACUUAAUCGGAAUCGGCCUCACACUGCUUUGGAUACUCUCACCCCUGGCAGCACAAGCUAGUUUACGGAUUUUGUCUGCUUCUCACACGAAGACCUCAUCAUCGCCCCAGUUGAAAUAUCUCAAUUUUACAGGAACGGAUGAUAUUACAGAUUUGUCUAGUUGGAAAUGGAGCAACGACCCUGCUGAUGAAAUGUUCAUCGGUAGUAUGGUCACAGCUAAGAUCACUAAAGGUUCUACGACCGAUCUCUGGGGAAACGUGAAAGUUCCCCUACUGAGUAGCCUCCAAAAUGGAAAUGACUCUUCCGAUUGGAUUACAGUGAGCGGUGAUGAUGUGGUGUAUACGUCCCAGCUCGGGGUGCCUAUUAUGGGUCUCCUGGGGAACGGCAGCACUUCGACCAGCAUCGAAACUUCUUAUAUGGAUUUUCGAUGUUACAAUCUCCAUGAUACGACAUUUGAUGCUGCCAAUAUCAGUGCUAGUGAUGUCCCUAAAAUCACUUAUGUCAACGAAACCCAGACCGAAGCUGCCGUAAAUUGGAAAUCCUUCAAUUUUGCCGAGGGCUGGGAACGAGACAAAAUGCAAGUCGCCGAAGCUAACUGCUCUGUCACUCAUCAAACUAUUGUUAUGGACGUGAGUUGCAGCAGGACGGGAGGCAAUACGCGUAACCAAGGAACAUGUGCAGCAACCCGAAUAAGAAAAGCUCAACCAGGGAAUCCUGCCCUCCCACGGAUACUCUCGAGCGCUAUGAUAUUCAACAACUUCACAGAAACUAUUCAUAAUGCGGUCCCGAUGGGCCAAGUUACCGCGCCCACCGUCUUAGAUUAUUGGAUGUCGAACCCCUAUGGAACAUAUCCGGCUCUAGCAGCCAAUAUCACGCUAUACGAACUGGAUCCCGACGUUUUCUCACAAAGGUUGACACAGAUGAUCAAUUCUUUCUACAUGUCGCGACUGGGCUAUCGAUUCAUGACAAGAACUUCCCUUGCGGGCUUGCAACUAAGUGCAUCUGGCGAUGAGACAAUAGUAAAGUCGGACACUGGUUCAGCGAAAUUUUCUUCGGCUUCUGGCAAAGGUGUCCAUGUUAAUUCGGAUCUCACUUUGCAUACAGGCCCUGGCUGGAUCACGGCCUUCAUAUUGACAAUCGUGGUCAUGGUAGUUGCGUCCAUCUUGACAUUCUACCUCGGGUCCACCACGCUGAUCCCAGAUAUUCUUGGUUAUGUAUCGUCUUUGACUCGAGAUAAUCCUCAUAUCCCUGUCAAUGAGGUCUCACCAGUAGUUGGUGGCUUGCAGAGAACACGACUCUUGGGGCCUUUGGUAUUGCGCAUGGGAGACACUACACCGGGAGAUGAUGUAGGAACACUAGCGGUCGGGAGGUUGUCUUCUACGACACGCUCAAAGGCUCGGCGACUCUACCGAUAA